AUGGAUCUCGAUGAAGCUUCUAAUAAUCUUCCAGGACCGACUGGAGUGAAAUAUGAUGAUAGUAUUGCAACGUUAAAGAUUCACCUUGUAGUAUUGGGUAUUCGAGCAAAAAGUACCAUUCGAGCUUCAAACACCGACGUUCAUUUAAAAUAUGACGAUCAAAGUUUUCGUAUUCUUCUCGAAGUUUUCAAAAUGAAUAAAAAAAGUAAGCCACCGACAAAGAAUUAUAUUGAUAGGCGAUAUUUUGAGAUGAAGAAAUGUCCUGGCAAGAUAACUGUUUGUGAAUAUAAACUUAUGAAAGAUCAAUGUGUUCUAACUAUUCGGAAAGCUGUUCCUGGCCUUUGGGCUAAUGCUCUUUCGUCAUGA